AUGUUUUCCCGGGGGUGUUGGUGGUCAGAGUCCUCCACCGUCAGGCAGUCUCGGCAACUUCGGCUGCUGAAUAGGUUUUGUGACGUGGAGUUGGAGUUCGUCUCUGGCGAGUGCUCGGGCACUGGAGGAGCCCCGCAGGUGCUCGGCGUGUGCGAGGUACCCCCAGCUUUUCUGAUGGAGUACUGCCAAGGGAGGACGUUCCAGGACCUAUGCUGGGACCCUGAGGUCAGCAACAAGACUAUGAUGGAGGUGGCUCUGCAGGUGAUGCACCAGGUUGCAGAGCUCCACAAGAGGGGCUUCGCUCACAACGACAUCAAGACGGACAACUGCAUCGCGAACAUCAGCCACACGCCCUUCAGCGUUCACCUGAUUGACUUCGGCAACAGCACACGCCUCGGGGAGAGCCCCAUGUACAGGCUCGACCCCGAGGGCAGUCACAUCGCGCCAGAGCUGUGUCGCUCCGGUAACUCGAGCACGGCCACCGACGCGUUCUCGCUGGGCUGCCUGCUGGCCGACCUGAUGGUGGCGAGGGCUGAGGACAAAUUUCCACAGAUAGUGUCGUCCCUCGUCCAGUGCGCCGGGAGGGAGGAUCCCAAGUAG